AUGAAAGCUGAGGUCAAAGUUCAGCUGAGAGGAGGCGGAGCUCUGAUCAGGUCAGCAGGAAGCCGCUGCCUCAGGAGGAAGGUCAAAGGUCACCUGAUGGAGGCGGGGCGGAGCCUGGCGGCCUUUGUGUGUGGGCUGCUGCUGGCGUGUGUGUACGGCGCCACAGCGCUCUUCCUGCAGCAGCAGCCGCUGUGGGUCAGCGUGUACGGCACGCUGGCCGUCGCCUUCAUGGCAGCGUUCGGGAUGGGUCUGUCUGCCAGCGUCAGGGCCGACGUCAUGGUUACGCUGCCCUCCCUGUGCUCAGCUCACGGGAGGAACUUCCUGCUGCUCCUCAGCGUGUCGCUGCUGCUCGCCGCGCCGCUCAGCAACACGCUCCGAAACACGGAGCGAGCCGCCACCAGCCUGCUGUGUGGAGCCGAGCUCACAGCCAAUCAGACGCAGGAGUUGCUGCAGAGAGCAGCCACGCCCCUCUUCUCGGUGUUGGACAGACUCUCAGAGAUCAGCAGUAACGCUGUAGCUGUUGCAGGAAGAGUUCACAACCUCGUCCACGCUCUGACUGACAGCAUCCGCCAUGUUGCUCGCACUCUGAGGAACGUGCUUCACUUCCUGGUGGACAUCGGAGACGUGUGCAACGCAAAACUGGGCUCUCCGUACAGGAAGUGCCGCGCGGUGUUCGCCGAGGCUCGAGACGACUGCUCCGACCUGCUGGGAGACUUCAACUUCCUGUGUGACAUCAUCAGCGGCUUCCUGCCACUCUGCCAGCUGGCCCGCGUUGGCGAGCUCUUCUGCAUCAUCCCGUCCUUCAUCGGCCGCCAUCUGAGGACUCGUCUGGCAGCUCCCACCGUUGCAGCGUUUGAGCGCCUGAAGCGGGAGUUUGACUUCAACAUCUCAGCCUCGGUGACCUUUGACCUCGAUGCCAACAGCAGCCGCUCUCUCCAGCAGGUGACUCAGGACAUCAUGGAGGAAGUGACAUCAGAGCUGCAGGUGUUUCAUAGGCUGAGCGAGCUGCUGGCGUACGGCAGCCUCGUCCUGCUCGCCUGCUCCUUCCUGAGGGCGCGGAGGUACAGGAAGCGGUACCUGCGUGAGGUCGACUUCGACAACGUUUACAUCAGCGCUGCUUUCGAAGAGUUUGACCAACAGUUGUCGUCAGUGGGCGGAGCCUCGGUCCUGCCAAUCACACGCAGAGAGGCCAAGACCUACAUCAUUCCAUUGGCGUGGCAGCUGACCAAUAGGGAGCGGCGGGCGGUUCUGGUGGGCGUGUCCUCGGUGCUCAGACACAUGGUGAUGGGGGGCCUGCUGGUGGUUCUGGACUUCCUGGUGUUCUGGAUGCUGGAUCAGGUGCAGCACCAGGUGAAGGAGGACGUGGUGGCCAGAGCUCCGGUCACGGUGGCGGUGCGGGUGAACGGGUCGGGUUACGCCUCCGACAUCUUCAGAGACCUCGUGGCGUCUUUUAACAUCCUGCAGGGGGGCAACGUCACGGUCAUCAGCAGGAAGUGUCUGCUUCCGCCGUCAGAGCCCGACCAAUCGGCAUGCUUUAUCCUAGGACUCGUGUUGGGUCUGGCUCUGCUCGUAUCUCUGAGUUCAGGAUUCAUGCAGCGCUGCAGACGCCUCGUCUGUUCCUCCGUCCACCCGCACAGAGAGCAGGAGAGGAUCCAGUUCCUCCAUCAGCUGAUCCUGGAUCAGAGGACGGCUGUGGGCAAAGCCCUGCGGAGGUUACCUGGAGGGCGUCACCUGUGUGACCUGCUGGGCCUGUCAGUCAGCUGUCUGGCCUGUGGUGAGGGGGCGGGGCCAGAGGAGGACACCAUGGUCACCUGUGACGCCCCACAGUGUCCAGGUGUGUUCUGUCGGCCAUGUUUCCACAGUCUGGGAAACACGUGUGUGGUCUGUGUGCGACCUCUGACCUUUCAGGAGGACGGCGAAGACGAGCUUGAAGCAGACGUGACCGACCAGGACCGACUCAGGUCCGAAGAGUCCACAUCCUCGGCCCCAUCGGACUGCCUCCAGGGUCAGUUCCUCACCACCGUCCUGGUCCACAGACACGACUCUUCAACCGCAACCAGGACCCUCCAGGACCCUUCAGGACAGUCCAGGACCCUGCAGCACCCUCCAGGACAGUCCAGGACCCUGCAGCACCCUCCAGGACCCUCCAUGACCCUCCAGGACGUAGGCCCUCUGUGGGUUUGA